CUCCUCUCGCUCCUCAUCUUGCUAACAGCUCAUCCGCUUACUAACGGCUCCUCCUCUCGCUUCCACAUGGCGUCGAUAGCUCCUCCAUCACUGUCGUUCACUCUCUCACAGUCUCUGGUCUCACUGCCAUCGCCGGUACUGACGGACUGUCUAUUCCGCACGCCGGCCAUGUUGAAUUUGUGUCAAGGUACCCGGGUGAAUGCCGGAGAGCGGGGAGAGCAAGGAGAGCGGAGAGGCGGGGAGAGGCGGGUUCCGGUUUGCAUAGGCGCGGAGGGGCGGAGGGGCGGAUAUAUAUGGGGUUAGCAGCAGUAGCUAUCAUACAUAGAAUCACAGCAAUUUCAAUCAGCAGUUCGUGCUCGUGUGAUUGUUGAGGUCAGCCAUAUAAGCUCCUAAAAGCCGUAUGAGUGACAGCGCCCUUUUAGAGCCCUUGUACGUAGAGCCUUUUUAGACUAUAGAGCCCUUUAAGACUAUGGAGCCCUUUAAUAGCCGGAUUAGGGCCUUUUUAGGAGCCCUUUUAGAGCCGUUUGACUGUCAUCCUCCCAGGCCGUAUUAACUCGUGCCCAUUUAGUUAAUACGGCAGUGCCGCAUUCCUUGUACCCUAGGGUAUAGCUGGGUGAGGAAUCACGUACGACUUUGUGGAUCGUUCGUUCAC